AUGAGUUCGAGCAGCGCGGCGGAGGGUGAAUGCCGACUGACGAGGCGUGGCAUCGAAUCUCUGAAGAAGGCCUGUCUGGUGCUGGAAAAGGAACUAGGUGGUAUCUGUGGGUCUCCGGACGCUGGAAGUGAGCAGGGCGAAGACAUCCAGGUCAGUCAGGUGCGAGCAGACAUUAGUCAUCUGCAAAAGAAAUUAGUGGACCUGUCGCACGCCCAGAAGAAACGUGCUGCCGUUUUGGACCGAGCCGUGCGUCUCGUCAACCAGAUGUCGCGAAUAGUAAGUGGGCGAGCGGCAAGCUUUAACACCACGCUCGCGGAGCACUUGUUUUUUAAGUGA